GCACUGAUCAACGUGAAUUUCAGUUCCUAAACAAGAACUUGUAAUACUAGACAUCAUAUUGUAAAAGGAGAUUUAGAUUGUUGAAAAGAUGGCCAGACAUUUAAUUCAAGUUUUGAUGACUAUUCUUAUUUUCAAAGAAUUCCAUAUUAAAGGACAAGCAGAUAAUAUAAUGAUAUCAACACCAAUCAUAUCAUCAAAGCAAGAAACAUCGAUGACAAAUACAUCAUCAACGCCAGAAACAACAACAGACAACACAUCAUUAACACAAAAAACAACAAAAACAACAAAUGCAUUAUCAACUCCAGAAACAACAACACUAAACACACCAUUAACACAAGAAACAACAGAAACAACAAAUAUAUUAUCAACUCCAGAAACAACAACAGUAAACACAUCAUUAACACAAGAAAAAACAAAAACAACAAGUACAUUAUCAACGCCAGACAGAACAACACAAAACAUAUCAUUAACAAAAGAAGCAACGACAAAAACAACAAAUACAUUAUCAACUCUAGAAACAACGACAGAAAAAAUUUUAUCAACACAAGAAACAACAAAAACAACAAGUACAUUAUCAACGCCAGAAAUAACAACACAAAACAUAUCAUUAACGCAAAAAAUAAGGAAAGCAACAAAUACAUUAUCAACGCAAGAAACAACGACACAAAACAUAUCAUUAACACAAGAAAUAACAAAAACAACAAAUACACUAUCAACUCCAGAAACAACAGCAGUAAACAUAUCAUUAACACAAGAAACAACAAAAACAACAAAUACACUAUCAACUCAAGAAAUAACAACAGUAAACACGUCAUUAACACUAGAAUCAACAAAAACAAUUAAUACACUAUCAACUCCAGAAACAACAACAGAAAACAUAUCAUUAACACAAGAAAUAACAAAAACAACAAAUACAUUAUCAACGCCAGACACAACAACAGAAAAUAUAUCAUUAACACAAGAAAUAACAAAAACAACAAAUACACUAUCAACGCCAGAUACAACGACAGAAAACAUAUCAUUAACACUGGAAACAACAAAUAUAUUACCAGCGCCAGAAAGAACAACACAAAACAUAUCAUUAACGCAAGAAAUAAGGAUAGCAACAAAUAAAUUAUCAACGCCAGAAACAACAACAGUAAACACAUCAUUAACAAACUCAACUAUGCACUUUGAAAAAUCAGUUACUCCAUCUAACACAGCACACUUUCCCUCAGAUACUACAGACACAACAUUAUCAUUUACAAAAAACACAUCAUCAGUUUUAACCAAGCCAUCAACAAGUAACCCAUCAACAGCAUUCAUCCUAUCAUCAUCAACUAUGAUCAGAAGUCCAUCAUCAACAACGGAAAUCAUUUCAACAAUGGAGAGUUUGUCAAAACUGCCAUCUACAAAUCCUUCGACAAGUAAUCAAAUGACAGCGAAACACACUAAUAGAACAACAUUACAAGCAACGCAGUUAAUGCGUAAAUCUCCAACAAUUCCAAUCACAACAUCUUCAAUACGUUCAACAAGAUCAUCGACGCUGCAACAUUUAGUAACCAGCAGUGCAGUCACCCCUCAAGUCGGUCCUGAAGCAACAACUAGAAAACCUACGCCCAAAAACAGAAGUCCAACAAUUUUUAGAAAUCAGUGGACAACAUUCACUUGGACAUUCUUAUUAUUAAUAUUUAACUGGCUUAAUAUCUAGUUUUCAGUCUACUUUUAUUUAAAUUUGAACUCCUAGCUCAAAACAAUCUGCAUCAUUGU